AAGGAAAUUGUGGGCAAGUUCAAGUUGGACAGUAAAGAAGGGUCUGGAAAGGAAUCCCCCACGCGUGAGGUGAACAGAGCACGAAGCCUUCUUACUUCAAUUUCUCUCUGUUUUCUCUCUCUUUUUUCCCAAAUUCUGCGAUUUCAACCCAAUCUUCAUCCUCGGUCUCUGCAUGCUGUAGUGUUUUACUUUCAUCUAUACCGAAACUAACCCUCAAAUGGAAAAUACCUCCUCAACAGAACUUCUUCGCGCUUCUCUUCUUCUCUUAAAAGAUAUAAUUAAAGUAGCAUGACAUUGGAUCAACCAGUUGAAUGUAUCUUUAAUGGUGGAUAAAAAGUCUCAGCGGAAUAUCAAACAUCUGCAUGUACGAGCUUGAAGAUAACGUGUGGGAUGGAUUUGGUGAAUGUGAUGAUCAUACAGUGCCCCAUGCUGGUGACAAGCAUAAUAAACAGUUAACAGUACAGGGAGAUAUCUGUAAGGAUUCACUUCAUAAAUUACAUGGUAUAGGAAGUAGUGAUUGCCGUAAUAGCUAUGGUACUCAGGAUAAGGAGGAAUUGUACUUAGAGAAUAUGACUCAGAAAGAGAAAAUGCUAGAAAAGGAUUCUUGGUCUCAUACACCUGAAGCUGUGUUUUCUUCUCGUGUUGGUGACUCAAGUAAAGAAGCCAAAAGGCCAACUUUAGAUGACACAGGCAUGUCUGAUCAGGGCUUCAAGAGCAGCAAUUUAGAUUCUGGUGGAUGUGAGCUCUGUGAAGAUGAUACUAUCUUGGGAGACAAGUGUGUGGUUGAAAAUGACAGUGUCUGUCAAUAUCCAAUCAAUCACAUAUCCCAAGCUGACAAUGAACUCAGUUUUCUUGAUAAUGAUGGGUGGUUAGAUAUAGGAAACUUUGAAGAUGUUGACAGGAUGUUAAGUUGUGAUUUAACGUUUGGAGCUGGAAGCCUCAACAAUGAAGAGGAGUUCUGCUGGCUCUCAUCUUCUCAUGGUGCUGAAGGUUCUGAUGAUGCAUUGAAGUCUGACUUUAAGUUUUCAUAUGCAGAAAUGAGUCCAUUGAAAAGUUUAACAGAUUAUAAAAUGGAUUCUAAGGAAAAUUUGGUUGGUAUUUCAAAAGAUUCCAAUGAAAGAUCAUCUCCUGUUGAUGAAAAAAACAGUUCUCAAAUGGAUGUUAUUGACGAUAGUGUACCUGUUCCAUUAUCAAUGUUCAGUGAGAAUGAGUCUGAUAUGAAAUCUGGUGAUAUAAUUGACUUGCUACCCAAAGAAAAGCCGCAGAGGAAGCUGCCAAAGCCAUCAGCGAGAAGGCGAAAAAACUGUUACAUAGAAAAUGGAGGUUCUGUUCAUCCUUACGCACCUCCAGAGAAUUAUGCAGAUACAAAGCAACCGUUUGGAACGUCUUCCAGUGGAGUUACAUCUCUUGAUAGCAUCCAGAAACAUAAGCUGAACUUAGAUUCUGAUUCUUUAGGCUGUAUACAGGCACAAAUUCCUACAAGACUCCCAGACUAUAGUCAUGCUCGAAAUCACAGUUCCUUGUUUCCAACUUUAUCUGGAUCAAGAUCUGAGCAUGACGGUCAUCUGUCUCCUUCUGUUAAAGAGUCAUCAUAUGCAUCAAACAUUGAAUCUCAUGGUCAUUCUUUGGACGCUGCUGCCUUGAAAACGUUUGAAAACAGAGAAAAGUUGUACCAAUGCUGUGAUGGACCUCCGUUAACCAGCAGUUUCAAAAAUGAUAAUACGCCAAAUCAAAUACCACUUCAUAGUCCCGGUUCAGCUCAGCAAAUAGGUCACCAGUUUGAAAAUGACAAUGAAGGUCAUAGUGAAGUCCAGGGAGUCAGCCUAGGCUUUUCACCAGAAAUAGAUUCUUCAGCAGUGCAGGAAAGCUCAUCCAUGGGCUCUGUUCUGGAGCAAACCUCACUUGAAGCAACUAGCUUUUGCCACCUGCAACAGAUCAUGGAUCAGUUGGAUAUUAAAACCAAACUUUGCAUAAGGGACAGUCUAUACCGCUUGGCUAAGAGUGCGGAGCAAAGACACAACAAUAAUGCUAAUGGUUGCAUUGGAGACAAUGAAGCAUGCAAAGCAAUGAUGGUGCAGGAUGCAAGCAGGUGUACCGGAUUAAUGGACAUGGAAACUAACACAAAUCCCAUCGAUCGGUCUGUAGCACACUUAUUGUUUCACAGGCCUUCAGAUCCAUCAAUGUUGCUUCCUAACGAAACUUUACCUUUCAAAUCCGGAGCCACAAUACAUCAUGGAUUAGUGGUCAAUCUACCAGUAAAGACUGAGAAACAAGUCUGUCAAGAAGAUUCUUCAGCCGGAUUGGAGAACAAGUUUUCCGGGGGAAACAACACCAAAUGAAGGUGAAACCAGCAUUGACAGGUUUCGUUGUACAAUUUUUACUUUUCCAAUCAUCGUCGUACAUGAUGAUGUAUAAUUAUUUCGGGCUUACUCGGAUCCCUUAGUUAAUUUUGUAAUUCAUUUUUGCAUCGAAUGCCAUAAUACUGAUGUAAAUUUGUGCUAAUCGUCGUCAUAAGGUAGCAUAUACGAUGAUUUAGAGCAGUGCCACGCUCGCAAUUAUUUUCA